GAGUCAGUUCCAGGAAGGGAAACACCCGCCGGGACAUAUCUCUGAGCUCAGGAAAGUGAAACUAACCCCGUUCCACUGCCCAGAGAGAGCCAUGGCUGCAGAGAACCCCGUGGAAAGUCUCCAGGAGGAAGCGACAUGUCCCGUCUGUCUGGAGUAUUUCACAGAACCUGUCACUCUGGAGUGUGGGCACAAUUUCUGCCGAGCCUGCAUCAGCCAGUGCUGGGAGGGAUUCGAUACAGCCGUCUCCUGCCCUCAGUGCAGAGAAACUGUGCAACAGAGAAACCUCAGGCCCAACAGGCAGCUGGCAAAUGUUGUAGAAAUCACCAAACGGCUGAGUUUACAGGCAGCAAGAGGGGACAGGGUUUGUGGGGAACAUCAGGAGGCUCUGAAACUGUUCUGUGAGGAGGAUCAAACUUCAAUCUGUGUGGUUUGCAACAGAUCCCGGGCUCACCACGCUCACAAGGUAGUUCCCAUACAGGAAGCUGCCCAGGAGUACAAGGAAAAAAUCCAAGCCCAUUUGCAGACUCUGCGGGAAGAGAGAGAAAAGCUGCUGGGAUUUAAAGUGACUGGAGAGCAGAGAAGCCAGGAGUAUCUGAAACAGACAGAAACCGUGAGACAGAAGAUUGUGUCUGAAUUUCAGGAACUGCGGCAGUUCCUGGAGGAACAAGAGCGACUCCUGCUGGCUGGGUUGGACAAGCUGGACAAGGAGAUUCUGAAGAAACAAAAUGAAAAUGUCACUAAACUCUCCAAGCAGAUUUCCCGUCUCAGUGAGCUGAUCAGUGAGAUGGAGGGGAAGUGUCAGAAGCCAGUGAGUGAAUUCCUGCAGGAUGUCAGAAGCACCUUGAGCAGGUGUGAGAAGGGGAAGUUCCAGCAGCCAGAGGAGAUUUUUCCUGAACUGGAAAAGAGACUCGGUGAUUUAUCCAAGAAAACUGUUGCUCUAAUGGAGACUCUGAGGAAGUUCAAAGACACUCUGCCGUCUGCACUGGAGACAAGAAGAGGGGAAUCCCUAAGAGCACACAGACAGGCAAAUGUGACGCUGGAUCCAGACACGGCUCACCCCAAACUCGUCCUGUCUGAGGAUCGGAAAACUGUGAGACGGGGAGACACAUGGCAGCGACUGCCCAACAACCCUGAGAGAUUUGACACUGUGCUCUGUGUGCUGGGCUGUGAGGGAUUCACCUCAGGGAGACAUUGCUGGGAGGUGGAGGUGGCGGGUGGGGGAGGCUGGGCUGUGGGGGUGGCCAGAGAGUCUGUGGGGAGAAAGGGAGGGAUCAGCCGUCGCCCUGAGUGGGGGAUCUGGGCUGUGGAGCAGUGGGGGGGUCAGUUCCGGGCUCUCACCUCCACUGCUACCCCGCUGCCCCUCAGCCGGUUCCCCAGCAGGAUCCGGGUUUGUCUGGACUGUGACCGGGGGCAGGUGACAUUUAUCGAUGCUGGUGACGAGGCCCCGAUCUUCACUUUCCCGCCAGGCUCUGUCCCUGGGGAGAGAAUCCAACCGUGGCUCGGGGUGUGGCCAGGAUCCCAGCUCAGCCUGUGUCCCUGAGACCCCGAGGGUGGGGGGAAAUAUUCCACUGGGGACCCUGAGAUCAGCCUCUCUAGGCUCACACACCCAGGGCCGGCUCCAGGCACCAGCUUUCCAAGCAGGUGCUUGGGGCAGCAUUCAGAAUGGGGCGGCAGUCCGUGUCCCGCGGCGGCAAUUCGGCGGCAGCUCCGCCGCUCUUCUGGGUGCGGCGGCAAUUCGGCGGCAACUGCUUGGGGCAGCAAAAUUGGUAGAGCCGCUCCUGCACACGCCCCAGUCUCUGUGACCACUGCCUAUGGACUUUUUAUCAUAUUGUCUCUAUGACCCUGGAGGUUGCAGCCUCUGGACUGUCAAACCAUAGAGAUCAUUCAGUGAGUGAGGCCAAUCUCAUCACUGCUCCAGGGAUUGUGCAGCCUGUUUGCCACUGUCCUCUAUGGUCCAGUAGGAUUCUGGGGAUCCUGGGUCAGACAUUGCCACUGAGUCAUGUGGAGGGAGGGGGGGAACAGCCCACUGGGAAUGAAACAAUGGGCUUCUCUAGCCACAGUCAUCCUAGCCCCUAUGGCCUGGAGGACUCCUGUCUUCCCAACCAUCUGGCCUCUUAGCUCUAUGGCCCCUGGAAGCUCCUCCCCCUCCCUCCCUGCAACACCAGGGAUGGGAGGGGACGGGGUGAAGAACCCCUGGAGCUGCAGGAGGAGCAGAGGGGCCCUGAGGGGCAGAUGUGGGGGCUGCAGGGUCAUAACUGAAGGAUGGGCUUCGGGCAGAAGUGAUGUGGGUUUGGGGGCAGAAUGAACAGCCGGGCUGGGGACAGGCAGAUGUGGGAGUGGCAGGGACUUAUUUGGGGUUUGGGGGAAAAGCUGGAGACUCCGCAGCAGCAGAGAUACUAGCAGAGGGAGAGCCAGGGACUGGGGAGUGUGCAUUCAUCCCCAGAGCUAGUAGAAAUGAGUAACUAGCGUAGACACGUCCAACAUUGAUAGAAGGGGUUUUUCCAUCAAUGCAGUUAAUCCACCUCUUGGAGAGGCAGUAGUUAGGGAAACAAAGAAUUCUUCCCUUGACCUAUCUGCGUCUACAUCGGGGUUAGAUCAACCCAACUACAUCGCACAGGGUGUGACAUUUUUCACAGCUCUGAGCAAUGUAGCUAGGUUAACCUAAGGUUUAGGGGUGGACUAGGCCUCAGGAUGAAUAAGGGUAUGUCUACACUAUAGUGGCUAAAGUGGCACAGCUACAACGCUACAGCUGUGUCCCUGAAGUACAGUAGUGUAGAUGCUUCCUACAUUGACAGAAGUGUUUUUUCCAUCGCAGUAGUAAUCCCCCUUUCUGAGAGGCCAUAGCCAGGUCACCGGCAGAAUUCCAUUAUCUACAUCAGGGGUUAGGUCGAUCUGGCUGUGGCACUCGGGGCACACAAUGUUUCACAGCCCUGAGUGAUGUCACUUGGUUGAUCUAAGUGUUAAGUGUAGAGCAGGCCUAAGAGGGGUUUCCCUGGAGCUGGCUGGAAACACAGAGUCUGAGGGACUGGCUGGAGCUUGUUGUGCGUGAGGCAGAAAGCCAAGAGAACCAGUCAUGAGUGUGAUCCCAGCAGGAAACUGAUUGACAGAGCUGGCUUCAGGCACAGGGUUCCCUGGAAAGGCAGACGUGGAGUUCUGAGUAAGGAAACUGCCGGCAGCUGUUUGUUUGUCCCGUGUUCAGGGCACAGGAAUGUCUGGACGUUGUUCGUAAAUAAUAAAGAUUGCACCAAAGAAAUACCUGACUCCUAUAAUCAAUUUCUCCUG